CUCCGACCGACGACGACGAUGGCAGGCAGCUUGCGGCGCUGCUUCACCGCGCUCCUCCUCGGCGCCCACGCGGCCUACGGCUCGGUCUACCCCGUAUCCAACGAGCUCAUCGUCGACGCGACGGCGCCUGCGGAUGCCAAGGUCGCCUACUUCCCGUUCCAGCGCGCUGAAAAGAUGUUUGGUUCCAACCACGGCCCGCUGUUUGCCGAGCACGGCAGCUCGUCUGUCCACCUCAACAUCUCGGGCGUGAACGCGUCGUCGGCCAUGAACGGCGGCCGCCUCGUCGUUUUCCACUACCAGGCCGACAACCUCAACGCGCUUGCGGACGCCGAGGGCAACCUCGCGCUCUUUGCGUGCUCGCAGCUGCAAUCCGAGCUUACAAUGGCCGGCAUGCACCACUUGGAGCGUCGUGAAUUCCCGAUCGUCAACGGCUCGGUGGUCGCGUCAACCACGUACAAGAUCAACAGCAGCGGCUGGAUCGACUCGCUCGUCUUUGUGUGCUCGGAGACGCACGCGAGCCAGGCCGCGGUGCCGUUUACGGGGACGCUCACGGUGCGCAAUCCGUACGGUCUCUUGCCGGCUGUGUUUUAUGGUCUCCUGCCCUUCAGCGGGUUCCUCUCGCUCGGGUAUCUUGUGCUCGCCUUCUUCUUCGCCAUCCUUCUCUGCCUGCACCGCAAGGAAGCCAUUGCGCUUCAAGUUGGUAUCUUCGCCGUUCUUCUCCUCGGCACAGUGUCGUCGGCGAUCUGGUUUAUCGCCCUGUACGAGAUGAACCAAGUCGGCCAGCCCUUUAGCUGGCCGUUGCCGCCGUUGUACAUUGCCGCGGUGGCCUGCGACGCCGGCAUGCGCACCUUUGCGCGCAUGAUUCUGCUGGUCGUUUGCCUCGGGUACGGGAUUGUCAAGGACACGCUGCCGCGCCUCGACAAGGUGCUCAUUGUGGUCAUGUCGCUGGCGUACUUUGGCACGGGCGUCGCCGACGACUUGAUUCGUGAAGCCACCGCCGACCGCAGCAGCGGCCUCCGCGGUCGGUCGCCGUCGAUCUGGGCGCUGCUGCAGCUCGCGUGCAACCUCGUGUUCGUGCUGUGGAUCUACCUCUCGCUCGAGACGAUCCUCAAGGACCUCCGGUCGGCCAAGCAGUUUGCGAAGCUCAAGAUGUACGAGGCGCUCGCGUACAGCCUCGGUGGUUUUGUGCUGUUUUUCACGAUGCUGACGGCUGUCGCUGUCUCGGGCCGCGUCGGACUCUUCGAGUGGCCGACCGAGUGGGAGUGGACGCAGCUCGUUGCGUGGCCCGUCCUCAACUUUAUCGUGUCGGCGGCCAUGUGCGUCAUUUGGCGCCCGACCGCGCGCUCGAUCGCGUAUGCGUCGCAGCUGCCGAUGGAAGAUAUCGAGGACGAUGAGCAGGAGCAUGAGGACGACGAUACCAAGGACAAGAAGGACGCGGUCGCCAACAUUUCGCCGCGCUUCACCGUCGGUGAGGACGACGAUGACGAACACGUGCUGCAUAGCAAGGUCUAGACACGUGCGUUCAACGUAAAACCUUGACGAUCGCAAUUUUUGGACAACUUGUCUUAUUUUAAAUCGCC